AUGUGGGUGGGUCGAUACGGACUCUUGGAAGGUCCGGAGUGCAUCUUCAAGGUCACGGAUGCGAGCGCAGAGCGUCGCAAUACGGUUGUGCAAGUCUUCUGUGUUCGCGAGGAUCAUUCUAUGCUCGAAUUCGAAAAGCUGCACUUGGAGAAGGCGCGAUGGAAGGCGUACCGGAGGAGAGUUGGCCUACAAAGCGUCAGGACAUAUAGAUCCACACCCUCUGCAAGUUCCUUCGUGUCAGCCGCAGACCCACAGCAUUCCGUCAACCUCAUACCGCGAGACACAUUUUCCACAAGGGAUCUAUCACACGAGUUCACUUCACGUCAGCUCAGCCAAGUCUCGUUGACGCACGGAUCUGUCGCAACGAAGUUUCAGACGACGACAUUCAGCGCAUGA